AUGGCAAAGAUUCAGGCCAGUUGGCAGGCUGUGCUGAUUGCAGUUUUCGUUCUCUCAUCGUUAGCAUAUUGUUUUACUACAGAAGAGAUUGAGAUAUUUCAGCUUCAAAAAGAGAUUACGAAGAGGUAUGGGGUCGACUUCUACCGGUUCUUGGAAUUACCACGCUUGAAGGAUUCUACUCCUAAGGAGAUUGCUAAAAACUUCAGAAAGCUGAGCAAAAAAUAUCACCCAGAUAAGAAUAAGAAGUACAAGAAAAGGUUUGAGAGGUUGAACUUGGUUUCGAAGAUCUUAUCAGACAGCUCGCAAAGAAAGACUUAUGAUUACUAUUUUAAGAAUGGAUUCCCCGAUUAUGACUUCAGCAAAGGUGGGUUUUUCUUCAAAAGAACUCAGCCAAAAGUGUGGUUCAUUUUGGCUUUUUUGUAUAUUGCAUGUGGAUUGAUUCAUCUUGUGCUCUUGAAGCUGCAAAACAAUUCUAAUAAAACGCGUAUUAAGAGGUUUCUACGAGAUGUUAGACAGCAAGACGAUACAAAUGGCCUCGGAGAAAAGCAUCUAGUGUUGAAGCGUUCUGAAGAAGAUAUAGGUAAGGAAAUCAUUGUAAGAUUUGGUGACGUGUUUGUCGUCCAAUCAGAUGGAAUUGAGGCACAAGUUUCACUCAAUGACAUCAAAGAUCCAGGUCUUCAAGAUUGCAUGCUAGUACUAUUACCACUGUGGUUAUGGAAGAAAACUCUUGGGCGACUUAUCAUUAAAUCUCCUGUGAUACUAGACUCUGAUAUAUCUUCCAAAACAAGCAAACUCUCCAAAAAAAAUACUAAGAUUAAUAAUGGUGGAGACGUAAUGGAAUUACCGAAUGGCACUGUAAUUCAUUCCAGGAAAAAAAAAUUAAGUAAACGAGACCUUUAUUACUUUAUAAUGCUUUGUUACCUGGAAUAUGCUCUAUUCGCAGUUGUCUAA